GCUAACGGCAGCGGUUUGGGAAAUUCUGGUAUACUGGAACGGUAGCUGGUUAAACCAGUUAUCGACCGUUUAGCACCCCUAAUGAUGUUGAUGUCGAGGACUAGAGCCUAUUCCAAGGUAUCUUAUCCUAUGGUAUGGUGCACUCCUCCGAGCAUGAACUCCGCGAAGGGUCAGUUGCGUUGCCCCUUCGGCACCUUGCGGAUGAAUGUGGCAUAGAACUUCACAUAGAGCUCGUGAUAUAUGAGCUCGUUGAUGGUGAGGAGGUUGCACCAUUGAGGAUGGGCUAUCGCUCCAAAGAUCGCGGAUCGACACCUGAACAUGUUGAGCAUGUCCAAGUCCAAGCUCUAGUGGGGUCCGAUGUCGGGGGAGCGCCAAGUCUCGAACUCGUCUCCAUACUUUAGGUGAUUCACCAAAUAGUGAAUGUAUGGGUGGUUAGGGUCAACCAUCCUACAAAAUAAUCAAAAGACACACACUAUACAUGGAAACAUUCAUUAGACAAAGCACAUUGGGGAGAAAGCUAACUCGUCCACACUUAAGAUUCCACAUUGGCAACAUGCCUUCAUAGGCCAUUCACAAGCUCAAUUUAUCAAUAAUUAGGUUCAAAUACCCACAAGAUACACCAAGGAAUGAAAAUAAGUGUUUCAU